ACAGAUCAUGUCUAAUGUUUUGUUGCCUCCCUUCUCAGUAGUUCUCAGUUUAUUUUCUUUUGUGCUAGAACACCAGUUUAUUUCAUAUGCAAGAUAGUGCCAAAAUGGAUGAAGAUAUAGAGGAAGUGGAAACCAGGCCUGCGAGCAGUCGCAGGAGUGUGACAUUAAGGAACAAUGCUGCCCGGCAGGUGGCUGUGAACUUCAUGCCCUCCAGACAACUGCCAUACAAUACUCUAAGACUACGUCGCAACAACUCCGAGCACAAUGCUUUGCUGGAAGAGGUGGCGGCCGACGACGCGGACGCGCCCGACAACGCCGAGAAGCAGGCCGACAUCAUCGUGCGCGAGAUGGAGCAACACAAGCGGCUCAUGGAGGACGAUCCCGAAGCUGAGGAGUUGAGAAGGGAGGCACUAAGAGACUUACCGCAAGGUUUAACAAUGAAGAGGAAUGUUCGCGCCAAACUAUCAGCGUCUGUCAGUCUCAGGUCUAAAGGCCGGCCUAUUUCAUUAUGGAAACGAAUGAAAUACAGAGCUGGCUUCGCGUGGAAAAGAGUACGCGACCAACUUCGCGAGGUGAUAUUCUCCUUCGAGUUUUGGUACGAGCCCAUCCGUCGUAUAGAAGGUCACUUUGGUUCAGCUGUGGGAUCCUACUUCUACUUCCUGCGGUGGCUGUUUGCCUUGGACUUGUUCCUCACGAUCCUGGUGGUGGCGUUUGUGGUGAUCCCACAGAUAUUACAUGAUGACGAGAAGAAGGAGACAGUACAGAUGACAGCGCUUGAUUUUAUUACUGGGAUGGGUGGUUUGACGGAUUCUCUUCUGUUCUACGGCCACUAUCACGACGGCGAUAUAUCUACGAAUUCUCUGCUAAACUACAACAUGCCGUUCGCUUACUUCUUCACCAUGGUCUGUCUGUAUCUAAUGUUCUUUGGAGUUUUGUGCUACAGAACGGCGUACUCGUACCGUCUGAACUUCAUCGAGACGUCGGGUGGUCUGAGCCACGUGUUCGCCAACAAGGUGUUCUGCGGCUGGGACUUCGGCGUCGUCACGCAGGAGGCCGCCAGGCUCAACGCUAACAGCCUGUACAACGAGUUUAAGGAGCUUUUAAGCGAGCAAAGUCGUAAGAACAUUAGUAUAUCUUGGGUGCGGAAGCUGGGCCAGUACGUGACCAACGUGUUGGUGAGCGUGUUCGUGGUGGCGCUGAUCGUGGGCAGCGAGUGGGGGCUGUGGCUGCUGCUGGGCUGGGACUCGCCCCUGAGACACUUCCAGCUGUUCGUGUCUGCUGUGUUGACUGCCGUACUUACGAUAUGCCCGCUCAUCUUCCAUGUUGUGGUCAAACUGGAGUUCUACAAGCCGCGCACGUCGCUGUACGUGUCGCUGGCGCGCACGUGGCUGCUGGUGGCCGGCACGCUGCUGCUGCUGCUGGUCUACUGGGCGCGGGAACACGCCCAGCAGUGUUGGGAAACGUCGUUCGGUCAGGAGGCGUACCGGCUGGUGUUGCUAGACACGGCCGUAUCUUUGUUUGUGUUGCCACUAUUUGAGUUCUCUAGGGGCCUUAUUUAUCAAUGGGGUCGUUCAGAGAGCGCUCCAGAGUUCAACAUAGCGUACAACUCGCUGACUCUGAUCUACAACCAGACGGUGUUGUGGUUCGGCAUGAUGUUCUCCCCGCUGUUGGUAGUCGCUGUGACUCUCAAGUUCCUGCUGCUCUUUUACAUCAAGAAGGAAUGCGCUUUGAGGGCCUGUCAACCUGCUAGAAAGGUAUGGCGAGCUGCCCAGACACAGACCGUUCUCUACAUGUUCGUCACUCUAUCUCUGUUCACAACGCUGUUUGGAUUAGGCUCUCUGUUCUUCAGAACAUCAUCGCAUGCGUGCGGUCCGUUCCGCGGCUACGCGUACGUGUACAGCGUGGUGAGUGAGGGCGUGUUGCAGCUGCAGCAGAGACCCGCCGCCAGGAGCGUGCUGCUGUUCAUCAUCAGGCCAGGAGUCAUAGGGUUCCUCAUGCUGUUCCUCUGCGUGGCGGUGUACUACCUGCGCGCGCGCUCGCGGGCGCAGCGCGACAUGGUGGCCAUCCUGCGCAGGAUGCUGCGGCUGCAGGCCAGGGACAAGGACUUCCUGCUCACCGCCAUCGCCAACGUCGCCAACGGAGAAUGGCUUUACAGCCCUAAGCCGGACGACGAGGGUCCUGACUCCCACACCUUCAAAUACCUCCAGGAGGUCCGCAAGCCCUCCAACUCGGGCUUCCACUUCGACGCGUCGCGCCUCAGCCACUCCCUCAUCGAGGGCAGGCCGCGGUCCUUCGUCAAAGAGAAUCGCUCCUCCAACUAUGACAGGAAACCUGAUGAUGGAGACACGGACAGCUCGUUCAGCUGGCAGGGGUCGAACAACUACCUGAAUAGAAGCGAGUAAAUAGCGGUAAGGUACAGAGUUGCGCAACUGUAUAAUCUUCUCAUAAGCUACAGAAACAUUGUCGCAACUCGCAAUAAGGGUUAAAUGACGUCAUGUUGACGUUAAAGCAGCAUUAAAAAUAUACUGUCAGAUUACGUCAUCAAAAUGGCGCCCAUGCUAGUAUUUGCGGGUAUUUUUUAACUGAAUACUUUCCAGCUCAAUUUUAAGAUGUCUUUUGAUGUUAUUUUGCACAUUAAAUUUACAGGGAUAGCAACUGAAAAGUUAUAGGUAUUUUUAUCGGUGGCAAUUAAAUUUUAAUUUAUCAGACACAAGUAAGCAGGGAUACGGCGUGUAUUAUAUCUAUUUCAAUAUACCACUUAUCGUAAAUUGAGGAAAAUAUUUUGUGAAAGAAACAAACUUACGGCCUAUAAAAGGAAUGGUGAGGGAGAGGAAAGGGGGUAAUUUCGGUGCAUAUUGUAAAAUAUACUAAUGGAUGUUUUAAUGCAUCUUUUUAUAAUACGUAUUUGUACAUGUCAGUAAUCAUAAUCACAUAUGAAUGUUGUGGUUCUUAGAUCUUAGAAAAACUUAUUGAACUAUUCUCUAUUUGGUGUAUGUGCUCAAUAUAGCUCUUAAAGAAAUUACUUGCCAAAAUUUGAAUGUGUAAGAUUUUUGUAGGUAAUAUACAUAUAUUGUAUUAAUCAUAACCAUUUAAAACUAAAUCAAAAUUGGAAAUCAUGCUUAAACAUAUCAUAUAACCCUAUGUAUGUUUAUUAUAUUAUUUAGGAGAUUGUUAAAGGUAUUAUAAUCCCAGAAAAUUGCUAACGAACAAGUGACGUCAUCAUAUCUUGAAAAACAGUUUUCAGUUGGCGGCCAGGUACGUUAGCGAUUUGUAUGGGUUAUAUUUAAUUUUGUUACCUCCUGUUAAAGCUAAGUACUGAAAACAAUCUAAUCAUAAGGUUGUGAGUAAACUCCAGCAUAAUAAAUAACUGUUGUAUAUUACAGUAUAUCUAGUAUUUUAGUCUACGUACAGUCAGCAACAACAGAAUUGUAUGGAAUGAUACUGAACACCAAUCAUCAUAGACAUGUGUUUUCAAAUCUGCUUAAGUGCUUUAAUUUUAAUUGCUGACCGUACGAAACUAAUAUUUUCGGACAUAGUUCAGGAUGCCUGCCGCCAGGUCUUAAGUAAUAUUAUUGCUGGUCUAUGUCUUGCGCUGUCACGCUUCCACAAUCAUAAAAUUUUUACUUAAAGACAUGGUGGCAAACCCACAGGUAAGUAAUUUAUUUUGCCAGUUUUUUUCGCUGUCUCAUUAGAAUUUCAAUAAAAAAAUGGUGGUAAAAAUGGUGCUAAACUGCAUUUAGUUUGGGAUAAAAUAAAAUAUGUACUUUAUCAGUUAGGCUCUUUGUCGGCAAGGUAAAGCUCCGAAAUUCGAGGACUUUAGUGCCCAAGCAUGUACCUGUAUACAGAUAGAGCAAGACUCAAGUUUGAGUGUUGAUUGACAGCGAUUGUUUAUUAAAAUAUAUUAUCGAUAACAUAAUUACACAAGUUCUAUUAAAAACAUUGAGUUAUAUAAACAAAUCCCUUCUGUUUAUGAGAAGUGGUACCGAUAAAAUGUAAGGUCUAUCUAGAGGCUACACUAUGUAUUUUAGUAUUAAAAAAACUACUCAGUAAAUCCUGAGAACGAUAAUAAUAAAACUAAAACUUUUGUAUAUAUUAAUAUAUUGAUACACAAUAUAUGUAAGUAUAAGUAAAGUCUUCCAAAAUGUAAAAAUAAAACUAUUUCAAUUAUAUGUGUUUGUGCCAAAUUAUAAUUGUCGUGCUUCCGUAUUUAUUAUUAUAUAGUAUUAAUUUUGUGUUGUGUUCGUGAAACCGAUGUAUUAAUCAUGCAUUUAUGUUUAACUAGAUUUUUUUUAUCAUGGCUAUUGUUUGUACUUCUAGUGAUGACCAGCACUCCAUACUAAUAUACUUUUUUACUCGAUUAGUUUCGAUUCUUAUACAACAGUAGUCAAUCUUAGUUUGUGUUUCUAUUACAGAUAUUAAAUAAAUAAACGACUGAUAUACGAAAUUCUUUUGGUAAUUUUAUUUGGUAAUAUUGGUUGUAUUUUUACAUUAAAUUUUAGUCACUAAGUUUAUAUACAAAAUUGUAAAAGAAUACUACUUUGACAAAUGGAGUAAGGGUUUAUCAAAAUCUGGUGACUAGUAUUGGUUCUGCCGUGAAAGCAUAACUUACAAAUAUUGUUACUUUCGCAUUUAUUAUAUUAGUAUAGUAACCAAGAGGGUGCAUAUACCUUUAUAAUCUUAUUUUGACAAGCUUUAUGAUUUAACAUUUCCUAUUUUUUAAGUUCCUAAUUUUCUAGAGCAUUAUUUUUAUUUCAGUAAGACUUUUAAUAUAAGCGGUUUAUGUAUUAUUUUCAAUUAUUGUCUUCCUGGAUUCCUAAGAACGAAAGAAUAUUUAGGCUAUAUUUUAAUAACUUAUUACCAGUAAGAUAAUUGCACAUUUUGAGAUUUUAAUCAGCCGAUAACUCACUUUAUAAAUGGCGUUCUCUCUCUUAUAUUCUGAUUUAAAAAGUAUCUAGGUACAAUGUAAAAUUAUGUAAAUAAAGUCUUGUAAAACAAAAA